GCUCUGACAAUGGCGGCGCGCGGCUUCGGGCUGCUGACUCGCUUGCCAGUGUGUGCCCAGAGGAGAAGUCGAGUCCAGCGUCCUAGCUUCAGGCUUCUCGGUUGCCCAGGAACUGUGGCCGAAGACCUCCAGAGAGAAGAGCGGCUUUCGGGGAGCGCGGAGACAGGCUCUGAAGAUAAGACUCCCAAAAAGAGAUUCUUUGAGGUGCAAAAAGAAAGACGAGAACAGGCACAGCGGACUAUUUUGAUACAUUGCCCAAAUAAAUUCAGUGAAAAAAAGUUUCUUAAAUAUUUAUCCCAGCAUGGACCUAUUAAUAAUCAUUUCUUCUAUGAAAGCUUUGGUCUCUAUGCUGUAGUAGAAUUUUGCCAGAAGGAAAGUAUAAGUUCACUGCAGAAUGGAACUCGUACUCCAAGCAUGGGCAUGGAAGCUGCAAUUCCAUUCAGGUCACGUUUCUUCAAUUUAAAAUUAAAGAAUUCACCAACCCAGACUUCUGAAAAAUCAUGUGUGCAGUCUAGUCAUCAGUUAUCUCCCUCAAGCAAGAAGCUUUUUGAAUUACUUUGUUAUGCAGAAAGUGUAGAUGAUCAGCUGAAUACUCUCCUGAAGGAAUUCGAACUAACAGAGGAGAACACUAGGCUCCGAUAUCUCACCUGUUCUCUUAUUGAAGACAUAGCAGCUGCAUAUUUUCCGGACUGUAUAGUCAGACCCUUUGGCUCUUCAGUGAACACUUUUGGGAAAUUAGGAUGUGAUUUGGACAUGUUUUUGGAUCUAGAUGAAAUUGGAAAACGCAGCACUCACAAGUCCGCAGGAAAUUUUCUGAUGGAAUUUCAAGUGAAAAAUGUUCCUUCGGAAAGAAUUGCAACUCAGAAGAUCCUAUCUGUGAUAGGAGAAUGCCUUGACCACUUUGGUCCUGGUUGUGUGGGUGUACAAAAAAUAUUAAAUGCUCGGUGUCCACUUGUGAGGUUCUCACACCAGCCCUCUGGAUUUCAGUGUGACUUGACUACUAACAAUAGGAUUGCCUUGAAAAGUUCUGAACUCCUUUAUAUAUAUGGUGCCCUGGACUCAAGAGUAAGAGCCUUAGUGUUUAGUAUACGAUGUUGGGCUCGAGCACAUUCAUUAACGAGUAGUAUUCCUGGUGCAUGGAUUACAAAUUUCUCCCUUACAAUGAUGGUCAUCUUUUUUCUCCAGAGAAGAUCACCCCCUAUUCUUCCAACACUAGAUUUGCUAAAAACCUUAGCAGAUGCAGAAGAUAAAUGUAUAAUAGAAGGCAACAACUGUACAUUUCUUCGAGACUUGAAUAGAAUUAAACCUUCGGGAAACACAGAAACACUAGACUUACUACUGAAGGAAUUUUUUGAAUAUUUUGGCAAUUUCACUUUCAAUAAAAAUUCCAUAAAUAUUCGACAGGGAAGAGAACAAAACAAACCUGAUUCUUCUCCUCUGCACAUUCAGAAUCCUUUUGAAACUUCCCUCAACAUAAGCAAAAAUGUAAGUCAAAGCCAGCUGCAAAAAUUUGUAGAGUUGGCUAGAGAAAGUGCCUGGAUUUUACAACAGGAAGAUCAAGAUCGGCCUUCCUCAUCAAGUAAUCAGCCCUGGGGGCUGGCAACCCUACUGCUACCAUCUGUAGCAAAGAGUAAGUCUCCUACCAAGAAUAAAAAGGAAAAGUUUUCAAGUGAAAGGAUUAAAAACUUGUUAGAAUCCAUAAAAAGUAACAGAACAGAAAAUCCCACAGACACCAAUGGGAAAAGAACAAUUAGUACUCAGAUAUAAUGGCUGCUACUUUGCUUUAAGAACUGAUUUAAUCCUAUGAAAUGGUUGCGGACUACCUAGAAGAACUGGUUUGAAACUUUCACAGAUCUCAACUUUCAUCUGAUGUUCCUUU